AUGGUGCAGCAUAAUGUAAAGAAGAAAAUUUCCUUGCCCAAAGGUGUAAAACAGAAAACAAAUACGAAAGCAAAGAAACAAAAUUUGAAGAAAGGACAUCGACUAGCAAUUGCUCCAAAGAAGCCUGCUGCAGUACAACAAGCUAAAACUGAUGCUCAGAUAACUAAGACAAUCAACGAAAGGAACGAGCAGCUGCUUAAAAAUCGCGCAGAUAAAGAUGUUGGACGAAGUGCCACAACAUGA